UGAUUUCGCGAGUUUUAUUUGUAUAUAUUUUAAUUUUUUUAUUUUUUAUUAUUAUUUUUUUUUUUGUUGCCAACACAUUACCUACUAACUCAUCCUACUCUCAGCUGUUAUGCGAUUUUUAUAGCGCAAGUAAUGAAUGCUGUCCGUGCAUAAAUACUUGCAUUGUCGUUGGUUUGCAUAACAGCUAAUCACAGCCUACCCAUUGGCCAUCAGCUGUCGCCUGCUAACUGUUGUCUGUUGUCUGUCGUGCGCCAAGUUGGUUGACUAAACAGCACUUGUGGGCUUUACCGGUCUAUGUACAUAUACAUACAUAUGUACGUAUUUACAUUUCACCAAGCUAUUCAAGCGAACACCCACAAGAGUUGCGAUAGACUUGGUGUUGUUUUAUGUAGUAAACAAUAAAAGCAAAUAAACGGUUUAUUACGAAAAAAAAUUAAAAUGCUCUGAGAGCGAGUAAAAACCAAAAAGCGGCCAAAGAAAUUGCGCGAUUUUUAGUUGUUUCGCAUAGUCAAUGACGGGAAAAAUUUAGUGGCUCGAUAUUAAUUGCAAGAUAAAUAUUUUGAUAAUCUUCGUAUCUAUUUAGUGUGUUUUUCGUGAUUAUUUCAGAGCUGAAAAUGCAAAAGUGAAAAUUGUUAACCUGAUCGCAAACAAGAAAGUUAGCGCCAAGCAAAAAGAGUCGAAAGAGACUUAAAAAAUAAAUAGUAACAAAGUGCUAAAACACACACAUAAAUUGUACAUUAUUGUUGUGAAUUUAAAUAUCUGCCGAAAUUUGCUCCAAAUGUCUACACCAAUUUGGUUGAACCACAAACAGUCACACUUGUUUUGCUGCGCAUGCGCAACUGCAUUGCUGACACUUUUACUAUUGAUCGACGGUGCGGAGAGUUAUGGCUUCGGCAGAUGUCCAAAUUACCCAUCGAUGCCGAAAUUCAAUAUGAGUCGGGUGCUCGGUCAAUGGUAUGAAGUGGAGCGAUCAUUUUAUUUACCCGAAAUCGCUUCUGGUUGCACGCUGCUUGAAUUCCAGCCCUUAAAUAAAGAAAAGCUGUCUAAAUCUAGUAAUUUUGAGCUCGAAGUGGCAAUCAAAACAAUAAACAGACUAACCGGAAAUCCUUCAGUCAAUUUGGGCCAAGCGACACCGGAGAAUCGAAGGUCAUCUAUUAUGGAUUUUAAGUUUAACUCUCGUUUCCCGGAUGUUAUUGCCCGCCUUCUGCCUGGUUCUGGCAAAUAUCAGGUACUCUACACGGACUAUGACAAUUUUGCUAUUCUCUGGUCUUGUGGCAGUCUAGGAUCCAUUGGAUAUUCCGAUCAAAUAUGGAUAUUCGGGCGAGAUCGUGACUUCCCGGUAGAGGUGCGAACGAAAAUCUACGAUGCACUGAAAAAAUUGGGACUCGAUCCAGAGAGAUUAGUCUUAAGUAAAAAUAAAAACUGUCCUCAAACGUUAUAGUUUUGCCAUUGUAAGUCACCACACAGAGUAGAAGAAAUUAAUAA